AUGUCCGGCCAAGACUCGCAUUUAUUUUUGAGUAAGCCGACCGCCACCCCUGGUGUCUCGCGGCCAUCCAAACUGCCUCUUUUCGGCAAACGUUCGUCCGAGAAACAUCCACCGUCGGCGUCUCAACCUCCGGUCAGUUCUGCAUUUGCCACGUCUUCGCUAGGUCGCGUUCGUCCCUCUACAGUCGUCAGACCUUUUUUCGCUGCACAGUUCCAGUCUACUGCCUCCAAUGAUGCUCAACGCCGUCGCUAUCCCGCCAGUCAGCCUAGCACACCUGUUCGUAGUGGUCAGUGUGAAAUGAACCAAGAAUUUCAACAGCUUCAUCACAGUGCUCGUGCAACUUCUGGCUCUGCCACACCGAAAAGAGGUGAAGCUGGUGGCGUUAUCCCUCAAUCCAUCUCUUUCCCAGGCUCUCGUCAUGCCGUUGGAAAUCAGUCUUCCAAAUCUUCUAGAUCAAAAUCUUAUCGCAUGGAAAAUAUGUCAGUGGAGCACUUGCAGUAUUUGGAACGACGCCUUCAACAACUUCUUGAAAUUAUGCCUUUCCGACCUGUCCUCCCCGCCAAAGCAAAGAGCGACUCAGGUCGUCAGUCCGCACAUCCCUCGUGGGUGAGUAAUGUUCAUCAUCACCUCCAUCAGCAUCAAGCUCUUCACUACCCGGUAGUAGCAACCCCCUUACACUAUCAUCCGCCGACCGCCCCGCUCCUUCUCUUUCCGCCACAAUCGACCCCUCAACCGCAACCGCCAUCAGCAUCACAGCUUCCACCACCCCAUCCCACUGUUUCUGCAUCAGGUUUCGGUGAAAUCAGCUCCUACUACCUCUCCUCCUCACCCUCUUCUGCAUCCUCCUGCUAUGCUGGUUCCGCACCAUCCUCGUUGCAGGACUUCAACAGAGAUGAGGUAAAUCGGACUUAG